CACCCCCCUGAGCGAGCUCUCCUGGUCCUCCUCGCUGGCUGUGGUGGCCGUUUCCUUCUCCGGGCUCUUCACCUUCAUCUUCCUCAUGUUGGCUUGUCUGUGCUGCAAGAAGGGCGACGUCGGCUUCAAGGAGUUUGAGAACGCGGAGGGGGACGACUAUGGCGCGGAGUUCUCGGCCCAGGGCUCGCCGGCGGUGCAGAAUGGCCCCGAGGUGUACAUCCUGCCCCUCACCGAGGUCUCGCUGCCCAUGUCGAAGCAGCCGGGGCGCUCAGUGCAGCUGCUCAAGUCCGCGGACCUGGGGAGGCACAGCCUGCUCUACCUGAAGGAGAUCGGGCACGGCUGGUUCGGCAAGGUGUUCCUGGGCGAGGUGAACUCGGGCAUCAGCAGCACCCAGGUGGUGGUGAAGGAGCUGAAGGCCAGCGCCAGCGUCCAGGACCAGAUGCAGUUCCUGGAGGAAGCCCAGCCAUACAGGGCUCUCCAGCACACCAACCUGCUGCAGUGCCUGGCCCAGUGCGCCGAGGUGACCCCCUACCUGCUGGUCAUGGAGUUCUGCCCGCUGGGUGACCUGAAGGGCUACCUGCGGAGCUGCCGGGGGGCCGACUCCAUGACGCCCGACCCCCUCACCCUGCAGAGGAUGGCCUGUGAAGUGGCCUGUGGCAUCUUGCACCUGCACAAGAACAACUACGUGCACAGUGACUUGGCUUUGCGGAACUGCUUACUCACUGCCGACCUGACUGUCAAGAUCGGGGACUACGGCCUCUCGCACUGCAAGUACAAAGACGACUACUUCGUGACGGCCGACCAGCUGUGGGUGCCGCUGCGCUGGAUCGCGCCCGAGCUCAUCGACGAGGUGCACGGCAACCUGCUCAUCGUUGACCAGACCAAGGCCAGCAACAUCUGGUCGCUGGGCGUGACCAUCUGGGAGCUGUUUGAGCUGGGCAGCCAGCCUUACCACCACUACUCGGACCGGCAGGUGCUCACCUACGCCAUCAAGGAGCAGCAGCUCAAGCUGCCCAAGCCCCAGCUGAAGCUGUCGCUCUCCGAGCGCUGGUAUGAGGUGAUGCAGUUCUGCUGGCUGCAGCCCGAGCAGCGCCCGACAGCGGAGGAGGUCCACCUGCUGCUCUCCUACCUGUGCGCCAAGGGGGCCACGGAGGUGGAGGAGGAGUUCGAGAAGCGCUGGAACUCCAUGAAGCCCAACAGCAGCUCCAGCACCAGCCACCACGGCGCCGAGGUCUCGUCCUUCCCACUGCUGGAGCAGUUCUCCGCCGACGGCUUCCACUCGGAUGGGGAUGACAUCCUGACGGUCAUGGAGACCAGCCACGGCCUCAACUUUGAGUACAAGUGGGAGCACACUAAAGCUGAGCACUUCCAGGCACCCCCGGGGGCCCUGAGCCCCAGCAGCGCCGCCCAGUACCAGGACCUGUACUACCCGGCCACCUCGGUGGGGCGGCUCAGCCUCGGCGUCUCGCCGUCCUGCUACGAGUGCAAGCAGCAGGGCUGCCAGAGCCUGCACACGCCUGGCGUGUUGCCCAUCCUGGGUGCCCACAGCCCCUCGCUCAGCAACGAGUACUACAUCCGCAUCGAGGGCCCCGCGGAGGGUGGCCCCGAGCUGGACUACACCAUGUGCUCCUACAGCCCCGACUACGAGGGCGGCUCCCCGGAUAAGGCGCCCUGCUGGCAAGCCAAGGGGGACCCCGGCAGUGGCAUGUACGACUCGGACAACAGCCCCACCGUCUCCCUAAGCAUGGAGCCCCUCCUGGGCCACGCGCCCCCCAGUGAGAGCUCCUGGGAGCACGCCGAAUACUACCCCUACCCCAGCCGUGGCAAGGAGCGCCACUACUACGAGCCCUCCCCAAGCGAUGGCACCGACCAGUACCUGCUGGAGGAGCCCCCGGAGGCUGCCAGCAAAGCAUGGCCAGUGCCCGGCUUCCACAAGAGCAUCUUCCAGGACCCCCUGGGCGUCUCGCCGUCGGUGAACUGUGCCUACAGCCCCCGCCGCUACAAAGAGCCUGACCUUGCUGGGAGACGGCUGGACUACUUGGGGCAGAGCGCAGCCGGCGGGACCCCCGGAGCCAGGCCGGACUGUGUCACGCUGGAGCUGGGCGAGGAGAGCCCCUGCGGCAGCCCCGGGCGCCGGAGCCAGCAGGCGGGGGACGAGGCCUUCCUGGAGGAGGCGAGCCCCAUGGCUCAGCACUGGACCUCCAACAGCUCGGCCAACAACAACAGCAGCAACUGCGCCCCGCCGCCCUGUGAGCCCCCCGCCAACGACAGCUGGUGCUACCGCCACAUGAUCACCUUCCGGGGGCUCAUGGCUGAGCCCCUGGGCUCGGUGCCGCGGGACGAGGCCGAGCUCGAGGACUCUCCGCCGGAGUGCCGGAGCCCGCUGCUCAGGGGCUUCCGGAGAGCGCUGCGGGACCAGCCCCUCGCCAAGGACGGCGGCUUCCGGCCAGACCCCGUGGAGCACAUGGCUCUGGCCACCAUGGAGGACUCCUCGGCCACCUCCUCCUCCUCCUGCUCCCCCUCCCCGCACUGCCUGGACUGGGAGAGUGGUGACUCACGCGCCUGCGGUCACUCGGAUGCGACGGCCCUGGCAGGCGUCCCCAGCGCACCACGUGCCUCAGGCGCGGAGCUCCCGGCUGACCCGGUGGCUGGAGCCGGGGCCCAGACAUGUGCCUACGAUGCCGGCACGGUGCCGAGACCUGCUGAGAGAGAGGAGGGGAGCUGCCGCGCCCCGACGCCGCAGCCCAGGGCCAUGCAGCUGCCGGGGCUGGUGGAUUCGGUGCUCGCAGAGGUGGGGGUGCCGCUCCAGCUCGCUGAGAGCCCGGCUGGGCCGGCCGAGGCAGCAGCCCUUGCUCUGGAGGUGGGGGAGUGGACCGUCCCUCCUGCCCAAGCGGAGGGGGAGCCUUGUUCCGACUGUUCCCGCGUCUCCUCGGAGGCCUCGGAGGCAUCUAGCCAGGCCCCAAGAGACGUGACCGUGGAGAGUGGCAAGAGCCUGACCAGCGACCUGGACCGGACCCCGGACAAGACGUUCUCUAGCGCCAGCUUCCCCGACACGGAUGAGGGCAGCGACGAGGACACCACGGAGCUCACCUCCGGCAUCUUCACCGACUUCUCCAGUGACUACGUGGAGCGAGCAGACACGGCCCCGUCUUUCAAGUCCCUGCAGAAGCAGGUGGGGACACCGGACUCCCUGGAAUCGCUGGACAUCCCGUCCACCGCCAGCUCCUGCGACGUCUUCAGCCCCACGGCUUACGCCCCUGCCAGCCAGCCCAAGGCCCUGGACAGCGGCUACGACACUGAGAACAACGAGUCCCCCGAGUUCGUCUUGAAGGAGCCGCACGAACCCCGGGAGCCGGAGACCUUUGCCCCGCUGGGGAAGCCGCCCGCAGGCGAAGGGGACGACGCGGCCUCGGAGAUGCGGCUGUCCUCGUCCUUCAGCACCGAGCUGCAUGGCCUGAGUGAGAAGAACCCGUACCGCGACUCUGCCUACUUCUCCGACUACGACGCGGAGGCGGAGCGGUACCCGAAGGAGGAUGAGGACAGUGAUGGGUCCGAGGCCCAGGAGGAGGAGAGGGGCUUCUCCCACCUGGACUUGGAGGACUUGGGGAGCGCGGCGAGCCAGAGCAGCACUGGGGAGGAGACGUCUCUCCCCUGCGACACCCCCGAGAGCUUGCAGAGAGCUGCCAGCGUUGCAGAGGCCUCCAUGGAGGUCGAAGCUCCUGGUGGAAAUGUUGCAGCUGCGAAGGAAACCCUGGGUUUGGGGGCUUCCCCCUCGCCGCCAGCACCCGUGGUGGACGCUGCUGCCGAAGCCGAGGACAGGGUCUCAGGCCCCGAGCUGGACUCAGAUGGCUCCAGAGAGGCAGACGGAAGUGAGCGCCCCCCGGCCCCCAGCCUCCCUGCAGGGCCCGUGCCAUCCAAAGUCUUCUUUCUGUCUCCAGUGGUUAUGAGCCCAGAGGACGCAGCUCCCUCAAGCACUGGCAUCGGCAGCCACGUGCCGGAGCGGGUGCAAGACACCGAGGCCGGUGCUGGGCCGGUCGUGGUGCCCGGCUCCGAUCCCGGGGAGCAGGAGCAAGUUUUGGAAGGGGAAGCGCAAGAGAAAUGCCCCAGCACGGCCCCCGCGGAGGACGCGUCGCCCACUCAGGCUCCCCAGCUGUCUCUGGACCUCUCCACGCUGCAGCCCCCCCGGGAGCCACGGCGGGACGAGCCGGAGGAGGAGGAGGAGGACACGGAGGACAGCGACGAGUCGGACGAGGAGCUGCGCUGCUACAACAUCCAGGAGCAGAGCGAGGAGAGCGAGGACGAGCCGGCGGCCGUGCCCAUCGUGGUGGCCGAGAGCCACAGCGCCAGGAACCUGCGCAGCCUCCUCAAGAUGCCCGGCCUGCUGCCCGAGACCUUCUGCGAUGACCUGGAGCGCAAGAAGAAGGCCGUGUCCUUCUACGACGAUGUCACCGUCUACCUCUUCGACCAGGAGAGCCCCACGCGGGACCUCGGCGACCCGACUUUCCCCGAGGCGGCCGAGUCUUCGCCGCAGCCCGUGCAGAACGACGAUUCGGGCCCCCCGAGCCCGGCAGACCAAGCGAACGCCUCCGACAACUCCUCGGAUGGGAACGCCUCGGAAGAGAGUGGCGGAUUUGAGUGGGACGAUGACUUUCCGCUCAUGCCCGUGAAGUCGUCCCUCAUGUCCUCGCUGACGGUGACCGCGGUGGUGCCUGACCCAGCUGUCACCCCCCUGCCCGCACUGGUCCCCGUCCAGAAGCAAGCGCUGCCCAUCCAGCUCUCGCGGUUCACGGUCUCGCCAGCCCCAGUGUCCAGAUUCUCCAUCACGCACGUCUCCGACUCGGACAUGGAGUCCAUAGGAGCAGCUUCCACUGUUUUUCGUGGCCACCACCAGCAACUUAUCAUCGCUCAGGAUCAUGCUUCGUUAUGCACAAUUAUAGUCUUCUGUGGGGGGUGGGACCUAGGACCCUUGGGGGCUGGGGGUGGCCCAAGGCCUGGGCUCUCUGUGACUGCCAGCUGGUAGCUGGGUGCAGUCCUGCGGCUCGGAGGAGCUUGGUGGCCUGCUGCGGAGUGGUAGAGCCAGGGGUUGAAUGCCUGCUUUUGUGCCUCUUGGCUGGGCUGGACAGCUGCUAUCUUUGGCAGAUGGAAGAGCUGAGUUUUGGCUGCAUACGUGGCCCACCCCCUGCUCCCCCCACCCCUGGCACCAGGGCUUUCCAAAAGAAAGCAGCAGAAAGAGAGCAGGGAAGCAGGAACUUGAAGUCAGGGGUGUUUCAGGCAGGCGCCCACCACCAGGCUGGCUCAGUUAGCCCAGCAGUUGAGGGUUUUGGAGGGGCAGGGCCUGCUCGAAGGGGCCCACGAUGGCCCGAUGGCUCU